UCCUGAGCACAUCUGUCCUUAACAGCAAGGUAUUACUUAUUUUCUUCAGCGAGCUUUUCUUUUUAGUUGUUGUUUUUCUGUUAUUGUUGUACCAGCUGAGUCAUCAUGUCUGCUCUGACGCCUCAAAGCGACAUGCCAACCCCCACCACAGACAAGAUCACUCAGGCUGCCAUGGAGACCAUCUAUCUUUGCAAAUUCCGAGUGUCCAUGGAUGGAGAAUGGCUCUGCUUGCGCGAGCUGGACGACAUCUCGCUGACACCCGACCCAGAACCUACCCAUGAAGACUCUUGGGAGGAUUUGACAGAUGUGGUGGAGCAAUUGCGUGAUGAUACUGAAGAUCCUAACUAUCUCAUGGCUAAUGAACGCAUGAACCUGAUGAACAUGGCGAAACUGAGUAUAAAGGGGUUGAUUGAAUCGGCAUUAAAUCUAGGCAGAACUCUGGAUUCCGACUAUGCACCUCUUCAGCAGUUCUUCGUUGUGAUGGAGCAUUGCCUUAAACAUGGCUUGAAAGCCAAAAAGACUUUUCUAGGGCAAAAUAAGUCAUUCUGGGGACCACUGGAACUGGUGGAAAAGCUUGUUCCUGAAGCUGCAGAGAUCACAGCAAGUGUUAAGGAUCUCCCAGGGCUGAAGACACCUGUGGGUAGAGGAAGAGCUUGGCUUCGCCUGGCUCUAAUGCAGAAGAAACUCUCAGAAUACAUGAAAGCCUUGAUUAACAGAAAGGAUCUUCUCAGUGAAUUUUAUGAGCCUAAUGCACUCAUGAUGGAAGAAGAAGGUGCUAUCAUUGCUGGCCUCCUGGUAGGGUUGAAUGUCAUCGAUGCAAACUUUUGCAUGAAGGGUGAAGACCUGGAUUCACAGGUUGGAGUUAUUGAUUUUUCAAUGUAUUUGAAAGAGGGGAACAGCACAAAAGGCAAUGAAGGAGAUGGUCAGAUAACUGCUAUUUUGGACCAGAAGAACUAUGUAGAAGAACUCAAUAGACACUUAAGUGCUACAGUAAACAACCUACAAGCAAAGGUGGAUGCCUUAGAGAAAUCCAACACUAAACUGACUGAGGAGCUUGCUGUUGCAAACAACAGAAUUAUUACACUGCAGGAAGAGAUGGAACGGGUUAAAGAAGAAAGUUCUUACAUCUUGGAGUCCAAUCGUAAGGUUACUAAGGACAGAACUGCAGAUGGACACGCACUUACUGAGGCACGAAAGCAGUUAAAGGAGGAGACUCAGCUGCGUCUGGAUGUGGAGAAGGAGCUGGAGGUACAGAUUGGGAUGAGACAAGAGAUGGAGUUAGCCAUGAAGAUGCUGGAGAAGGACGUCUGUGAGAAGCAAGACGCACUGGUGGCACUCAGACAGCAACUGGAUGAUCUCAGGGCCCUAAAACACGAACUGUCUGGGAAAUAAUUAAUCAAAUGCAAUGAAUCCUUACUAAAAAGUUCAGACAUGGGAGCAAAACAGAAGAGUGAAUUAAACAGCCGCUUGGAAGAAAAAACAAACCAGAUGGCUGCUACCAUCAAACAGCUUGAACAAAGUGAAAAGGAUUUGGUGAAACAGGCAAAAACCUUAAACAGUGCAGCAAACAAACUGAUCCAGAAACAUCAUUAGACACUUUUUUGUCUGGUCACCUCGCAGCUCUGAUAUCAGAACUCAUUUAUGAGGGGAGAACUUGAGAAUUACUAAAAGCAACUGUUUAAAUGUUAAUUGUCUCCUAAAGUUGAUUUAAAUUUGCUGAAUUUUUAAAAUCAGUGAGGUUUUUCUUCAGAGAUUUAAAUUGGUUAUAAAAAUCCCUAACUUUGCCAUUUAAACUGUUAAACUAGCAAUGAGCUGGCCAAUAAACACGUCAGGAAAAGCCUAUGGAAGGGGAGCUAUGUGGCUCUGUCCACACUGGUGGUGCACACUGUAGGCAGCAGCACCAAUCUUCAACCUUUACUAGAUACUAGAUGCGUUGUUCCAGCCACCAUUUGAUUGGCCAGCUCAGGAAAGUCAACUAGUUUUCUGUGUUACCCUUUUUGUGAAGUAGACGAGAAAAUGCAUCCCUGGAAGUUGUUGAAAGUAGUCGUGUGCAUCCCCCAAACCGUUACCCGUUGGCGUAUGUCCUGCGGGUUUGC